UGGGUGAUUGGUCGGUCAUGCAAUGGAUUGGUGAAGAAAAGAGGCCCUGGAUGUUAGGUAGCCUCUACCAUCCCUGUUGUAGCCGCUUGUGGCUGCAGCCAUGUCCUGCUCGGGCUUGCACAAAAUGGCGGGAUGAUUGUUGUGUUCUUCUGCCGGACAUGGAAAACGUCCAUUGCAAGCUACAUCUUAUAUAACUUGGCCAUGCCCCCAGAGGUCUUCUUUCUCGCUCCCUGUCUCCGAUUCCCCGUCUGGCGUCUGGCAUUCCAGAGCUGUUGGUAGCUGCCGCUCUGGGCACCCUCCCAGCAGCUGGCGGGGGGCGAGGAAUCCACACAGGCUGAGGCAACAGGUUCAGGCCUGUUGUGGCUGUGAGAUCCAGCUCCUCGGCCUGCCCUGCACGCUCUUCCUCGACAUGCUGGUUUCUGUCCUGAAAACUUGCAAUGGGUCAUUCUGGGCUGAUCCUGGUCUUUUGGAUCCUGGGCAUGGCUCUUCUGGGCUACGUCGGAAGUCAGGAACUGGCGACAGAGGGACUGACCGGCGGGCAGCCGUGGGCGCUUUGCCCCGCCGAUGACAGCCCAGCGGCCACGCGGGAGGGACAGCUACUGGGGCAGCCCAGAUUUAGCAGCUGCAUGCUGAGAUGCACCUCCCACGCUUACGAAGCCUACACAGCGAUGCUGGCAACUGGCGACUUCAAGAGCAUGACGACGUCGCUGAAAGUCAACGAAGGCAGGCAAGGGCCAGAGCACAAAUUCUGCUGGAUGCUCCAUCUCCGUUGCCAGAGAGGCGUCCGUCUCACCAAAGCUUUCGUCCUGCUGAACUUGGAACAGCCUCUAGAUCAGAGCUGGCCUUUUCCUCUCCGCCUCCUCCUCUCUGCUCCAUCUUGGCCCCAAUCCCUCUUGCAACCUCGGUCCAAGAGACGAGACACUCGGUUGCUGAACGGGGAAGCUUGCGGCGUCCGUUUUGAUGUGACGGAGCCCUUCCGCAACGCCGAAGGAGGCCGAGACGACGAAAUGUGUGUGGAAGUUGUGUGUCCAGAGGGAGACACCUGCGAGGACCUGCAGUUGAGUCUGCGUUGCCCACCCUUCCUGGCCACUCUGUGGCGCAGCCUGCCUCGUCCUGAUGGCUAAACAGGUGGAAGGUUCCUUCUGCAAGGUUACCGGGGGGAAGAGAAGGGCUCCACACUUCCCUUUGUGCACACACACUCAAGUUCAGCUGCUGAGACAAUCUUCGGACUAGAUUCCCUGCAGGAUUCGUUUUUAUUUGGCAAUGUUUACAUUGCUUCAAGCGGGACGUAGGAUAAGUUGCAAGCGUGUGCAGGCCACAGCUGAACACAUUCAGUCAUGCAUCGAUGCUAUGCUGGACAGAAAUGAUGGGAAGCUAAUUUUCACUCUUGAGAAUGAACCACGGCAAAAAUUAACAUGCCUCCUUCCCUUUUCACAUUAGUAUUCUAGUCAGAUUUAUUAAAAUGCAAGUAGUCCUUUACUUAUUUUAGUUCAUUUAGUGACCGUUCAAAGUUACAACAGCACUGAACAAAGGGACGUGUGACUGUUUAUCACGCUUACGACCAUUGUAGCAUCCCCAUGGUCUUGAUCAAAAUUUGAAAACUUGGCAACUGACUCGUAUUUAUGACAGUUGCAAUGUCCAGUGGAGUCGAGUGAUUCCCUUUUAUGACCUGAUAAGCCAAGUCAGUGGGAAGCUAGAUUCACUUA